AUGGCAGCUCUUCCCCCGGAACGAGUUAAAUUUUCGCUACCGUUUACCUACACGGGUGUCGACUUUGCCGGCCCCUUUGGCGUUAAGUCCUCUAAUUUAAGAAAUGCAAAAAUUUUGAAAGCCUACACCGCAGUUUUCGUUUGUUUUUCAACACGUGCAGUUCAUCUAGAGCCUUGCUCUGACCUAUCCACUGAUGCCUUCCUUGCUUGUUUUAGCAGAUUUACUGGACGUAGAGGUCUACCUAAGACGUUGUUUUCCGAUAAUGGAAGAAAUUUCAUUGGAGCAAAUCUGGCCCUCCUCAAAGCCCACAACAAUUUUCUAAUAACAGCAGAACAAGCGUUAAUAAAUAAAUACAGCAUAUUAGGAUUUACUUGGUCAUUUAUCCCACCUUAUGCACCCCACAUGGGUGGUAUAUGGGAGGCUGCCGUGAAAAGCAUGAAAAUGCAUCGAAAAAAGGUAACCAACUCCUUCUCAUUUACGUUCGAGGAAUUCACCACAUUACUUAUUAAAAUCGAGGCAGUAUUGAAUUCAAGGCCACUAUCCUCGAUAACUGAAAAUCCCAACGAGAUUUUACCUUUGACUCCGGGACAUCUGUUACGCGGCGCACCUCUUGUGGCUCCACCUGAAACUCCAUCUGACCCGAAUGCUAAAAACUUGCCUUUCUUGAAACGCUGGGAGCGUUUAAAAUCCCUACAACAUAUUUUUGCUCAAAGAUGGAAAAAUGAAUACAUCACCGAGUUACAACGUCGCUAUAAAUGGAAAAAAGAAAGAGAUAAUCUUAAGCCAAAUGAUAUUGUCAUUGUAAAAGACGAUUCAUUACCGUCCACCGAUUGGCGGCUUGGUCGCGUCACGAACGUAGUUUAUGGAAAGGACAACAAAGUUCGCGUCGCUGUCGUUUUACCGCAGAAUGGAAUUAUACGAAGAUCCAUCGUGAAACUCUGCAUACUUCCAACUGAGAGUGACCACCAGAAAAAUGUAGGCAGAAAUAUAACCCCUAAUUCAUCAAAAGUCACCUCUCAAAACCCAAAGAAAAUUUGA